AGAAUUGAGGUAUCCCAAUGGCUUCCUCACAACUUCCUUGUCUGCUGCUGAUCCACGUCUUGUUCAUGCUAGGGAACUGUAGGGAGAUAUCAAGAGAAACGAAGAGAUCCUUACUGAACCUUUCUGGCGUCACCUGUGGCUAUCGACCCCUGAUUGACAACCGUAACAAAAUUGUCGGUGGUCGGAAUUCAAAUCGUGGAUCGGAACCAUGGCAAGUCAACUUAUUGAUAGAUAUUUCACCAGAGAAAGAUGAGUAUGGGCAAUUUAUAUUCCAUCUCUGCGGGGGUGCAAUAAUAAGCGAAUAUUGGAUCUUGACUGCAGCUCAUUGUUUGAUCAAAGAGUUUAACAUCACAGUUCGAGGCAGAAGAAGAGAAAAAAGAAUACGAAUAAGUGAGAGCAAUUAUUUCGUUGUGGUUGGAGAUUAUGAACAGUAUAAAUCUGAGGACGAGGAAGAAAAAUUUGAAAGACUGAAAUUUAUCCAGCAUGAGGACUUCUCAGACACAACGCUUGUCAACGACAUUGCCUUGCUGAAGAUCUUGCCAAAAGACGGUCGUGGUAUAAAGUUCACAGACUACGUCCAACCUGCCUGCCUACCCAAUGCCGAGACUCCGUAUACACCGGGUGAAAAAUGCAUCAUUUCCGGAUGGGGCUACACGGACAUCAAGUGUAAAGUGUAUUCAUUUGUCGUGAGAUUAACUAACAGUUCUGUUAUUUUGAAUUCCGGACAUAUUUUCAGCUCUUUUCGGUACUUAGUUUUGAAAUAAGUGAAUUACAUAUCAGAAAUAUUGUAAAUAACGUGUUUUCAUGCAAAACUAGUCAAGACGAUAAAUACGGAGCCUGUGUAAUGACGUCUAGGUUGCUUGGUAUAAACAUGCGUUUAAAAAAACAAACAAAACAAUACAUUUUAAACAAAAAGUACAGGGGGUUGCAUAAAAUAACAAAUAAUAACAGUGGAAAGUCUCUAAAGGUUUGAGCUUUAAGUUAGAAGUUGAGUUUUGUAACUGUGGGUACUACUAGGGCCACAUUCCCAACCAGGCCUCUUCUAUCCUGCCGCACUAGUACUCCUUUUGUCCUCUUCUAUCCUCUCUGCUACUGUCUUACCGUUUGU